CCCGGGACGCCGCCGCCAGGGCGAAGGUUAGUUCCGGUCCCUUCCCCUCCCCGCCCCACUUGGACGCGCUUGCGGAGGGUUACGUUGACGAGACUCUUAUUAUUUAUUUAUUUUUUGUCACCAACCUGUGGCGGAAUUUGCAGUUGCAGAUUGGCUCUGAUUCGCCCCGCCCCGAAUGACGGCUGCAGGGGGGCAGUGAAAAUACAGCCGCGCCGCCCCCAGUCAUCCUGGACACAUAAGUCAGCAUGCGUCCCGGGAACCCGGCAAUCUCUGCGUCCACAGAAUACACGGACGAUGCCCGAUACACUUUAAGGGCUGAAACCCACGGGCCUGGGAGACUAAGAGCGUUCCCUACGGCCAUGGGACAAGGAGAACAGAGCGCCCCGGCCGCUUCGGGGGCCCGGAAAAGGCGCGGCACAGGACCCAGGGAGGCGCGGGGAGCCAGGCCUGGGCUCCGGGUCCCCAAGACCCUUCUGCUCGUUGUCGCCACGAUCCUGCUGUCGGUCUCAGCUGAGUCUGCUCCGAUCACCCAACGAGACCUAGUUCCCCAGCAGAGAGCGGCCCCACAACAAAAGAGGUCCAGCCCCUCAGAGGGAUUGUGUCCACCUGGACACCAUAUCUCAGAAGACAGUAGAGAUUGUAUCUCCUGCAAAUAUGGACAGGACUAUAGCACUCACUGGAAUGACCUCCUUUCCUGCUUGCCCUGCACCAAGUGUGAUUCAGGUGAAGUGGAGGUAAGUCCCUGCACCACGACCGGAAACACAGUGUGUCAGUGUGAAGAAGGCACCUUCCGGGAAGAAGAUUCCCCUGAGAUGUGCCGGAAGUGCCGCACAGGGUGUCCCAGAGGGAUGGUGAAGGUCAGUGAUUGUACACCCUGGAGUGACAUCGAAUGUGACCACAAAGAAUCAGGUACAAAGCACAGUGGGGAAGCCCCAGCUGUGGAGGAGACCGUGACCAGCAGCCCAGGGACUCCUGCCUCUCCCUAUUCUCUCUCAGGCAUCAUCAUCAUAGGAGUCAUAGUUCCAGUCGUAGUCUUGGUUUUGGCUGUGUUUGUUUGGAAGACUUCACUGUGGAAGAAGGUCCUUCCUUACCUGAAAGGCAUCCGCUCAGGUGGUGGUGGGGACCCUGAGCAUGUGGACAGAAGCUCACAUUCCCCACAACAGCCUGGGGCUGAGGACGAUGCCCUCAGUGAGACCAUGAGUAUCUUGCAGCCCACCCAGGUCCCUGAGCAGGAAAUGGAAGUCCAGGAGCCAGCAGAGCUGACAGAUGUCAACACGUUGUCCCCAGGGGAGUCACAGCAUCUGCCGGAACUGGCAGAAGCUGAAGGGUCUCAGAGGAGGAGGCUGCUGGUUCCAGUGAAUGAAGGUGAUCCCACUGAGACUCUGAGACAGUGCUUCGAUGACUUUGCAGUCAUCGUGCCCUUUGACUCCUGGGAGCCGCUCAUGAGGAAGCUGGGCCUCAUGGACAAUGAGAUAAAGGUGGCCAAAGCUGAGGCAGCGGGCCACAGGGACACCUUGUACACGAUGCUGAUAAAGUGGGUCAACAAAACCGGGCGGGAUGCCUCUGUCCACACCCUGCUGGAUGCCUUGGAGACGCUGGGAGAGAGACUUGCCAAGCAGAAGAUUGAGGACCACUUGUUGAGCUCCGGAAAGUUCAUGUAUCUAGAAGGUAAUGUAGACUCUGCCAUGUCCUGAGUGUGAAUCUUAUCAGGAAGUCAGACCUUCCCUGGUUUACCUUUUUUCUGGGAAAAUGCCCAACUGGACUCCAGCCAGUAGGAAACUGCCACAAUUGUCACAUGACUGGUACUGGAAGAAACUCUCCCAUCCAACAUCACCCAGUGGAUGGAACAUCCUGUAACUUUUCACUGCACUUGGAAUUACUUUUAUAAGCUGCAUGUGAUAAUAAGGACACUAUGGAAAUGUCUGGAUCAUUCUAUGUUUGUGUGUACUUUGAGAUUUGGUUUGGGAUGUCAUUGUUUUCACGGCACUUUUUUAUCCUAACGUAAACGCUUUAUUUAUUUAUGUGGGCUACAUGGUAAGAUCCAUCUGCCGUAGCAUCUACGCAGUUGAUGUCCAACUUCACUUGAUACUAUACGAUAUGAACCUUUAUUCGGCGGAGGGUGCGGGGCAGUUCACUGUGUCUCCCAGGCUGGAGUGCAAUGGUGCAAUCUUGGUUCACUAUAGCCUUGACCUCUCAGGCUGAAGUGAUUCUCCCACCUCAGCCAUCCAAAUAGCUGGGACCACAGGCAUGCACCACCACGCCCAGCUAAUUUUUUGUAUUUUGUCCAGAUAUGGGGGCUCUCUGUGUUGCUCAGGGUGGUCUCGAAUUCCUGGACUCAAGCAGUCUGCCCACCUCAGACUCCCAAAGUGCUGGAAUUAGAGGCGUGAGCCCCCACGCCUGGCAUUACCUUUCUACUUUUAUAAUUCUGUAUGUUAUUAUUUUACGAACAUGAAGAAACUUUAGUAAAUGUACUUGUUUACAUAGUUAUGUGAAUGGAUUAGAUAAACAUAAAAGGAGGAGACAUACAAUGGGGGAAGAAGAAAAAGUCCCCUGUAAGAUGUCACUGUCUGGGUUCCAGCCCUCCCUCAGAUGUACUUUGGUUUCAAUGACUGGCAACUUCUACAGGGGCCAAUCUUUUGAACUGGAUAACCUUACAAGUAUAUGAGUAUUAUUUAUAGGUAGUUGUUUACAUAUGAGUCGGGACCAAAGAACUGGAUCCAUGUGAAGUCCUGUGUAUGGCUGGUCCCUACCUGGGCAGUCUCAUUUGCACCCGUAGCCCCCAUCUAUGGACAGGCUGGGACGGAGGCAGAUGGGUUAGAUCACACAUAACAUUAGGGUCUAUGUCAUAUCCCAAGUGAACUUGAGCCUUGUUUGGGCUCAGGAGAGAGAGGACAAAAUCUGUCACCCACGUCUGCCAUGGCAUCAAGGGGGAAGAGUAGAUGGUGCUUGGGAAUGAUGUGAAAUGGUUGCCAUCUCAGGAGUAGAUGGCCCGGCUCACUUCUGGUGAUCUGUCACCCUGAGCCCCUGAGCUGCCUUCUAGGGUACAGAUUCCCUACUUGAGGACCUUGGCCGCUCUGUAAGCAUCUGACUCAUCUCAGAAAUAUCAAUUCUUAAACACUGUGGCAACAGGACCUAGAAUGGCUGAUGCAUUAAGGUUUUCUUCUUGUGUCCUGUUAUAUUAUCGUUUUAAGACCUCAGUAACCAUUUCAGCCUCUUUCCAGCAACCCCUUCUCCAUAGUAUUUCAGUCAUGGAAGGAUCAUUUAUGCAGAUAGUCAUUCCAGGAGUUUUUGGUCUUUUCUGUCUCAAGGCAUUGUGUGUUUUGCUCCGGGACUGGUUUGGCUGGGACAAAGUUAGAAUUGCCUGAAGAUCACACAUUCAGACUGUUGUGUCUGUGGAGUUUUAGGAGGGGGUGGCCUUUCUGGUCUUAGCACUUCCAUCCUCUUCCACUUCCUUCUGGCUUCCCACUCAUUGUCCCCUGUACUUCUGGAAGGCACAGGGUGCUGCUGCCUCCUGGUCUUUGCCUUUGCUGGGCCUUCUGUGCAGGACGCUCAGCCUCAGGGCUCAGAAGGAGCCAGUCUGGUCCCAGCUCCCUUGUCCCUUCCACAGAGGCCUUCCUUGAAGAUGCAUCUAGAGUGUCAGCCUUAUCAGUGUUUAAGAUUAUUCUUUUAUUUUUAUUUUUAUUUUUUUUUGAGACAGAAUCUCACUCUCUCACCCAGGCUGGAGUGCAAUGGUACGAUCUUGGCUCAGUGCAACCUCCGCCUCCUGAGUUCAAGCGAUUCUCGUGCCUCAGCCUCCGGAGUAGCUGGGAUUACAGGCACCCACCACCACGCCUGGCUAAUUUUUGUAUUUUUAGUAGAGACGGGGUUUCACCAUGUUGGUCAGGCUGGUCUCGAACUCCCGACCUCAGGUGAUCCACCUCCGCCUCCCAAAGUGCUGGGAUUACAGGUGUAAGCCACCACGCCAGGCCAAGCUAUUCUUUUAAAGUAAGCUUCCUGACAACAUGAAAUAAUUGGGGGGUUUUUGUUGUUUAGUUACAUUAAGCUUUGCUAUAUCCCCAGGCCAAAUAGCAUGUGACACAGGACAGCCAUAGUACAGUGUGUCACUCGUGGUUGGUAUCCUUUCAUGCUUCUGCCCUGUCAAAGGUCCCUAUUUGAAAUGUGUUAUAAUACAAACAAUACAAGGAAGCACAUUGUGUACAAAAUACUUAUGUAUUUAUGAAUUCAUGACCAAAUUAAAUAUGAAACCUUAUAUAAAAA